GAAUGCAGUUUGCGCUUGUUGGUCAAAACAAGUGUGUGGAAGAUGGCGACGGACGGAGGCACUGACAGCGGCUCGCACAGCAUGGAUAAAAGCAUAACCCUUCCUCCGGAUGAAAUCUUUCGGAAUUUGGAAAAUGCCAAGAGAUUCGCGAUAGAUAUAGGCGGCUCACUGACAAAACUGGCGUAUUACUCCACUGUACAGCACAAAGUAGCCAAAGUGAGAUCAUUCGAUCAUACGGCCAAGACCAGCAUUCAGAACGAAGCAGAUGGAGACCCGCUGUACGAGAUCUCGGUCCAGGAGGAGAUCACGGCUCGGCUCCACUUCAUCAAGUUCGAGAACCGCUACAUCGAAACCUGCCUGGAUUUCAUCAAAGACCACCUGGUGAACACGGAAACCAAAGUUAUCAAGGCUACCGGAGGAGGAGCGUACAAGUUUAAAGACCUGAUUGAGAAGAAGUUAAAACUGAAAGUGGACAAAGAGGACGAGAUGUCGUGUCUAAUCAAGGGCUGUAAUUUCGUGUUGAAGAACAUCCCUCACGAGGCUUUUGUGUACGCCAAGCACGCCGACCCGGAGUUCCGCUUCCAGAACACACACCCGGACAUCUUCCCUUAUCUCCUGGUUAAUAUCGGCUCCGGCGUUUCCAUCGUCAAGGUGGAAUCAGAGGACAAAUUCGAGCGCAUCGGUGGAAGCUCCAUCGGCGGCGGGACGUUCUGGGGUCUCGGAGCUUUGCUUACAAAAACCAAGAGAUUCGACGAGCUUUUGCAGUUGGCCUCGAAGGGACAGCACACCAGCGUGGACAUGUUGGUUAAGGACAUUUACGGAGGAGCGUCCCUCUCUCUGGGACUGCCGGGAUACCUUAUAGCGAGCAGCUUUGGGAAAUCUGCCACCACCGAUAAAGAAUUCUCCAAAGAAGACAUGGCUAAGAGCCUGCUGCACAUGAUCAGUAACGAUAUCGGUCAGCUGGCCUGCCUCUACGCCCGACUGCACAACCUCACCCGAGUUUACUUCGGGGGAUUCUUCAUCAGAGGACACCCAGUGACCAUGCACACCAUCACCUACAGCAUCAACUUCUUCUCUAAGGGCGAAGUGCAGGCUUUGUUUCUAAGACAUGAAGGAUAUCUGGGUGCUAUCGGGGCUUUCCUGAAGGGUGCAGAAGAAGACAAUCCGAAUCAGUACAGCUGGGGGGAAAACUACGCCGGCAGUUCCGGCCUCAUGAGCGUGUCCCCGGAUCUGAAUCCCAUGCAGCGAGCACGAAGCGGCACAUUUGACAUGUUGGAGAUGGAUCGUUUAGAGAGGCAGCUGGUGAACUUGCCGCUCCUGCAGGACCCUUCAUCUUACAUCCCUGACACCGUGGACCUCACAGAGGACGCUCUGGCUAGAGAAUACUGGCUCUACUGUUUCGAGGAAGCGCUGGACGGGGUGGUGAAGCGAGCCGUGGCCAGUCAGAAAGACCAGCCUGAGGCCACAGAGAGGGCAGAGAAGUUCCGCCAGAAAUACAGACACAAGCUGCAGACAUUGCGCCAUCAGCCAUUCGCUUACGGUUCGCUCACUGUUCGGAGUCUGCUCGACACCAGGGAGCACUGUCUGAACGAGUUCAACUUUCCUGACCCCUAUUCUAAGAUCAAGCAGAAGGAGAACGACAUGGCGCUGAAGUACUACCAGAAGGUGGUGCAGUCCCUGGAGGAGCUGAGCUGGGAGCAGAAGCAGUUCGCUCUGGUCCGAGGCCUGCUGGCGGGCAACGUGUUCGACUGGGGAGCCAAAGCUGUGUCCGACAUUCUGGAAACCAAUCCGCAGUUCGGGUUCGAACAGGCAAAGCAGCAGCUGCAAGAGCGUCCUUGGCUUGUAGAUGCUUAUAACCAAUGGAUUGAAAGGCUGAAGGGUCCUCCUCAUAAAUGUGCGCUGUUUUUUGUAGAUAAUAGUGGAGUGGACAUCAUUCUAGGAGUUUUCCCCUUUGUAAGAGAACUCCUUAUUCGAGGCACAGAGGUUGUUCUUGCGAGUAACUCGAGUCCUGCGCUAAACGACGUGACCAACAGCGAGCUGCAGAUCGUCACGGAGAGAAUAGCUGCCAUGGAUCCUGUCAUUCAAGCCGGAGUAAAAGAGGACAGACUGACGUUAGUUCAGAGUGGAUCCAGUUCUCCCUGUUUGGACUUGAGUCGACUGGACAAAGUCCUGGCCACGGUGGUGCGCGAGCGCGGCACGGACCUGGUGAUCAUCGAAGGCAUGGGCCGCGCCAUCCACACCAACUACUACGCCAUGCUGAACUGUGAAAGCCUCAAGCUGGCCGUCAUCAAGAACUCGUGGCUGGCCGAGCGGCUCGGCGGCAAGAUCUUUAGUGUGGUCUUUAAGUACGAAGUUCCUUCCAAAGCUCAGGGGCAACAUUAACACACGCACACUCGUCUCAUGUCAGGAGGAUAGGAUUAGGAUUAGGAUUAGUAUUAGGAUACGGCACAGUGAGACCUCCAGGGCGUGUCGUCACGUUUGUGCCUCUGUGCCACUUCUUUGAGAUUGACACGAUGAUUGUAUACACAAUGAUGGAAUCUUUUUUAAAAAAAAAAAAUAAAUAAAUAAAUAAAAAUCCCGGAUAAUAAUAAUAAUAAUAAUAACAAUAAGCGUGUCCCACUCAUCGCAUGUUCACGUCUGCUCGGAAAUCUAGUGCUUCUCAAACAGCCGGGUUACCCGGGGUUGAUAUUUCGGGGGAGUUGGGGUGGGAGUUUGUCUCAGUGGUGUUAAGCAAACGUAAAAAAAAAAAAAACGCUCUAUGGUCAGUUAUUUUCCUGAAGCACAGAUUAUAAAAUAUUAACAGGCUUCGUAGUACACCGUUGUAGCGUUUUGGGCGGAGCUUCCUGAGCAGGUCGAUCUCCUUUCUCUGUUCAGACGUUCAGUCGUUUGAAGCAUGAAAGCGGUGGAACAUUACAGGGCUUGUUUUUGUUUUUUUAUUUGGGGGGGGGGGGUAGAUAACAUUUAACGUAACGUAACGUAUACGUAUGUGCCUUGAGUCAGUACGGUGAUCUGUUUGAAAUGACGAUGCACCACAAAAAGUGUGUGUGUGUGUGUGUGUGUGUGAUUCUUCAGUCAGAACAGCAGUAUUUAUCCAACUUUAAAGGAAUACUCCAGGAUGCUUCUUCUCUCCGCAGCACAUCUGUAGAUAAUAAUGUUUACCUGCAUUGAAGAGGGGAAAAAACAAAAACAAACUCGCUUUAAAUGGACAUCAAUCAGCACACGUGAAUUCCGAUCAGCGAUUCACUCACACACAGACUUGUAUAGCGGAGAAGCAACAUCAUUUAAGGCUCGAUUAUGAUCUUAUUCAACUUAUUAACCUUGUCCAUAUGACAAAUUUGACAUCUGAGCUCAUUCAUCCUUUAUAAAAAGGAGUCUCCAGUGUCUAAGAGAAAAAAGGCAAGAAUGACAACUUGCCUUAUAGAUAUGCCACAGCAUUACACAUGGCUCAAAAUGGAGGAAUAAUUUGCACUAGACUGUCUGUAAUAAAAUACAGAAGGUUUUGUGAAGGCUUUCUACAGUUGAGCAAAAGUUUUGUAUCCCCUUAGGACAAUUAGGAGAAAGCACAAACACGACAAACAGAGCCGAAAAACAAAUUAGAAAAUAUAAAAUUAAAUAUCUGCUGAUAAUGUGCCUGUUCGCACUCUCUGUGACUUGUAUCUCUUUAUAAAUUGUUGUGGUCUAGAAAUAUACAUAUUUUCCAUUAUUUAUCUUCAUUAGAAGAAGAAGAAGAAGCCUUUAUUUUCCCACACAUAUACAUUACAGUUCCUCCAUGAAACUUUAAGAGGGGUGAAAACUUUUGCCGUCGAUAGGAAGCUUCACAUAACGGUUUAUUAACUGCUUCAACAUGUGCCCCAACAUCUGCCCCUGGAUGUCUGGUUUUUGAUGGUGUUUUUUUUCCUUCUUCACUACAGGAAAAAAAUAGUACAGAUGCUUUGAAUAGAGGUUUGAGAAGCGCUGGAGUAUUCCUUAAAUUCAUUCUUUUCACUCACUGCCAUUCAGGAAUAGCUGUUGUGCUACAAUGAAUAAAAAGGAAAAGAAAGACAUUUUAAAAUAGAACGUUUCCACAGUAUGGAAGCUGCGCUACCACUAGCUCCCACGAGGUGUCAGUAUUGCAUCGUUAUCAAAAUCCCGCUCUAUCCAUCACUGUAGCCGCGAUUCAGGUUUUUUUUUUUUUAUUUCUACGCAUCAGCUUAUAGUUUUCCUAAGAAUUUUUUUUUGAGCGAAUGUUUUGUUUAUCCACGUGUUGAGCUGUUCAGGGUCUCGUUCGUCUCACGAGACAAGGACGCACACUUCAACGGAUAAAUUCAGCCCUGAGGAUUUCAUUUUGCACACAAUUAUUAUAAUACAAGGGCUGCUGUGGACCUGCCUGCAAGUUCAGAGCAGGAAUCAUCUCUGUUGUGUGAGGACAGGAGGAGGAAACUUGGGUUAUGAAAGCAUCAAUCAUGUCCGGGAUUUAAUUUCAGUCAGUCGAUUUUUCUUGCUGUAUUUUUGUUUGUUUUUUUAUUUUAAAUAGUUAAUCAGUGUUUGAUUUAUUUAUAUAUAUAUAUAUAUAUAUAUAUAUAUAUAUAUAUAUAUAUAAUGUGUUAUGUAAAUCAGGUAGGAAGUCAAGUCGUGAUGGCAAUAACGUAGAGAGAGAAGUUGCACAAAAUGAGAAUGUAUGAAUCAUUCAGUCAGAGGAGUUAGUCUACAAAUCAGACCAAAGCUGUUAGUAUCGUUCCUCUCGAUUACUCCACCCCCCCACCCCACCAUCACCCCCCACCCCAAAAAAACCCCUCCAUGUGUCCAAAUUCAUCUUUGUAUCAUGAUUUUUUUUUUUGUAAAGUCGUGCAUAUGUAAAUACAAUGUAAGUCUGUGUACAUAAGUGUCGCGUUCGUUCUGGCGUUUUCUGAGAUGCACAGUAUUUUAGCUAAAAGAAAUAUAAUCUACGUUCUCUUGACAAUCACAUGGAAUUCAAUGUUAAAUAUAUUUUGCAACGUCUUCACUCAGUAA